GUAUCAAUUGACAAAUCUACUGAUAUUUGAAUAUUCAGCUAACUCUUGCACGUUCACAGAUUUUUGCCCAAUAUGGUAUGCUUAAAACAAGUCUCGCUUUUGUCAAUCGCAUUGGCUUGUGUAGUGAAAGCUGAAGACUACAUUCCUUACGACAAAUCCAAGCUUACUACUUCUGCUAUAUUCGAGCAAUUCGAUUACCAAGAUCUAGAUCACUCGCCCUGGAAACCCUCAACCGCAAAAAAAUUCGACGAAGGCAGACAUGAAGUGGUUUCCUAUGUUGGAAAAUGGGCUAUAGAACCUGCAAAGAAGUACCCAGCCUUUUCUAAUGAUAAAGGGUUGGUACUAAAACUGAAGGCUGCCCACCAUGCGAUCUCCUACAAAUUGCCCCAGCCAUUUGACAAUACUGAUAAUGAUCUUGUUCUCCAGUAUGAGAUCAAGCUACAAAACGGAUUAUCAUGUGGUGGCACUUACAUUAAGUUACUAGACCUACAAGACAACUACGACAAUUUCAGCACAGAUACACCCUACCAGGUGAUGUUUGGACCCGACCGCUGUGGUUCUGAAAACAAGAUUCAUUUCAUUUUGAGAAGAGAGAACCCUUUAAACGUUUCAGAUGUACAAGAGAAGAAAUUGAAGAAUUCACCUAUGUCUAGAUCUGGCGACUUAACAACAUUGUACACAUUGAUUUUGAAGCAAAACCAAGAUUUUGAAAUCAGAAUCAACGGAGAAGUGGCUAAAGCUGGAAACUUGUUACGUAGUCCCCAUUUGUUGGAGCCAAGACUCAAUCCUCCGAAGGAAAUAAUUGAUGAAAAUGAUACCAAGCCUCUUGAUUGGGAGGAUAGCCCCCGUAUUCCAGAUCCGAAUGUCCAGAAACCCGAGGGAUACGAUGAGAAACACGGAUUGCCUACAAUUCCAGAUCCAGAAGCUGUCAAGCCUGAAAAUUGGGACGAACUGGUACCUGUUCUUAUCGAGGAUCCAGACUCAACAGCUCCUGAAUACUGGGAUGAGGAAGAGGAUGGAAAAUGGUUAGCUAAAGAAAUUCCUAAUCCCAAAUGCAAGGAGCUCGCUGGUUGUGGACCAUGGUCUCCUCCGCGGAUUCCUAACAAAGAAUACACUGGACCAUGGAUUCAGCCAAUGAUUGACAAUCCUAACUAUGUGGGUGAAUGGAAGCCAAGAAUGAUCGCAAACCCACACUAUUACGAAGACGAUAAGCCUUCGAACUUAAACAAAUUGGUUGGAGGUCUUGGGUUUGAGUUAUGGAGCAUGAGCGACGAGAUCUUGUUCGACAACAUCUACCUUGGUCACUCCAUUGCCGAAGCUGAAAGAAUUGGAAACCUAACCUUCAAGGUCAAGUACCUAUUGGAAGAUCAGCACAAGCGGGCCAACAAGCCAAAGAUUCAGAAUGAGCCAGUAGCUCCACCUAAGAACUUUGACGAAUUACUCUUAGAUAAGAACGGUAACACCUUCAAGCAAUUCUACCUUUUUCUACAACUUUUCGCCUUGAGACAGUUUCUUGACAUCAAGGACUUUUUCUACGACUUUUUACGGGAUCCCGUCUACCAGAUCACCCACCGUCCCAUUAAGUUUGUGUUGUACUGUGUAGUCUUCGUGUUUGUCUUCACCGUCAUUUGUGGGAUAGGUAGUGUACUUUUAUUCAUGAUCAGCAACGGCGGAGGCGGGAGUCAUACAUAUGAGAUCUUGGAUGAACCUCGCUCCAAUGGUCCAAAAAUAGAACUUCUUGCUGACGAUGAAGACGUUAACACAAUUGAAACGGCUAAACUGACCGGUGUAAAUAGAUCGGCUACCGAGGCCAUAAAGAAAUGAUACCACGCAAGUGUAUUACUCAGCUAGAUAGUAUAUACUAAAAUACCUACUUUGACU